AUGGCAACAGUCGAAGAGACAGUUAAAGUGGCAGUGGUAACUGACCGUACACCGAAUAUUAUACCAGUACGUUCGAGCACGCUAACUGCGGAAGAAUUGUGUAUAAUUCUAUGUAAGAAAUAUAAAAUACCUCCCUUGACACGGACCCUAUUUGCAUUACGAGUUAGAGGCAAAGAUUAUUUUCUUAAAGAUAACGCAAAAGUUCUAUCCAGUACCAGGGACUAUGAACUCAGGAUACGCUUCAAGGUACCAAGAUUAGAGCUCUUGAUAACACUAGAUGAAACAACUUAUGACUAUUAUUUCUUACAAGCAAGGAGUGAUGUAUAUGAGAACAGAAUACCUGAGAUUAAAUACCCAGAGCACAAGAAAGAAAUGCUUGGGUUAGGAAUUGCAGAUAUGACACGUGCCACAGCGGAGGAAAAGUUGUCGGUAAACGACGUUGUGAGGGAUUUUAAAAAAUACAUACCAAAAGUUAUAGUGAGGCGUCAUGGCCAUGUCGCUAAGAAACAUGCACAUGAUCAACUGCCCAAGCUUUGUUCUGUGGGACAUAACGUGAACUACAUUAAAAACUUAUACUUGCAACAAUUGUAUAUAAUGGCUCCGAAUUACUUGGCUGAAGAGUAUGACAACGUUUUGUGGCAGAACGGCAAUGAUGUCACUCCUGUGAAAGUGGUAGUGGCUCCCUUUCAUCCUCACCAGUCUGGAAUACGACUCUAUAAUACUGUUAAACGUGACUGGUCCCAUGUAUGUAAAAUAGAGGAAUUAAUUUAUUUAACCCGAAACGGUGAAAACUCGCUAGAAAUAUCAAGAAGAGGCACUCCUUUAUUUUUUAAAUUCAAAUCUGAAGAGCAAUUAUCGUCCUUCAUAUCAGUUUGUGAUGGAUAUUACAGAUUAAUGGUCAAAUGGACAUUCAAUUUAUCAAAAGACGACGAAACUCCAUCACUAAAAGAAUUGCAGCGAAUUAAAUGUCACGGGCCUGUUGGGGGUGCGUUUUCCUAUCGUAAAUUAGAAGAAAAGCGUGCCAAAAAACACGGUUGCUACAUACUAAGGCAGUGUCAAGAUGACUACAAUGUUUAUUACUUGGAUGUCUGUACUAAAAACAGUACAACGGAAACAUAUAGAAUAGAAUAUAAAGGACAUUGUUACGCGAUUAACAAUGAGGAGUACCACGGCAUUGAGAGGCUGAUCGGGUGUCAUCAGAAUCCAGAAGGAAGAAUAUAUUUAAACGAAUGCAUACCGCCUUCAGAGUAUGAUAAGUCACAGCUAUUGUUAUGUGGAGAGCCAGUCAAACGCGGUGUUCGAAUAGACCAGGCCGAGCUCCAGGACAUCCUCAAAGACAACCGGAGUCCCCGCUGUCUCCCUAAUAAGGAUAUACUCUUAUAUACGGGUUCUGAGAAGACUGGCUCGGAGAACAUAACAGCCACAUACAAAGCGCUGUGGAGGCUUGAUGAGACCAAAAAGCUGUUAGUUGCCUUUAAGACACUGCAGAGAGAUAGUGCUAACGAUUAUUUAAAGGACUUCGUGGAGUUAGCCAGCAAAUGGGCUUGCGUGCAGUCUAGUUCCAUGGUACGGCUAUAUGGCGUCACUCUUAGUUCACCCACCGCUCUUGUGCUGGAGUACUUGCCGUAUGGACCAUUUGAUGACUACUUGAGGGAGCACGCUGAGCGCGUGAAGCCCCUGCACCUGAAGAAGGUGGCAGCGGGGCUGGCGCGCGCGCUGUGGGACCUGUCGGAGGCGGGCGUGGUGCACGGCUACAUCCGCUGCCGCCGCCUGCUGCUGGCCGCGCACGACGGCGACCGCAUGCUCGUCAAGCUCUCCGGCCCCACGCUGCGCAACUACACGCCCAAUGAUGUGCACUGGAUGCCGGUAGAGUUUAUGAAGGACAUGAACCUAGCUAAGCGAUCCGUAAUGGGUGACAUAUGGGCAUUCGCCACUACACUCUGGGAGGUGUUCUCGUAUGGACAAUCGCCUAGUGAUACUAAUCCUGUUUUAACCGCACGGAGUUACGAGAACGGUGACCGAUUGUUACGUCCAGCGCGAUGUCCGGGCGAGGUGUGGGCGCUGAUGCGUCAGUGCUGGCAACCCGAUCCACUGCGGCCGCAGGAGAUCAUGCGAGAUAUGAACCACAUGUUGCACAGAGAAUAUGUUCCUAUCCACGAGUAUGAAGAACCAAAGAUUUCACUUGAGCACAUGGAACAUACAGACACUGUAUCAAGUGACAGAUUCAUACCAAGCGAGCUAAGUGAUGCAGGAAGCAAUAAGUCCUUAAUAUCAGAUAGUAGUGUACCGUCGAUGAAUGGCACCAUGUCCGACCAGUAUGACAAUCCAUUCGCGGACAACAAGAGCUCGAACUCGCUGGAGAGCAUGAACGCGCUGUCGUACGCGCUCCGCGGUUCGCUGCGAGGGUCGCUGCGCGGGUCGGGCGCGGGCAGCGCGCCGCCGCCCCGCGCGCUGGACGACGAGCCCGACGAGCUCGCCGCCGCCACCGCGCCGCGCCUCAUGGAGUCCAUCGUGUCGCAGGGCAAGACCUACCUCGUCACGCUCAUCAAGAAGAUCGGCAGUGGCAACUACGGUCACGUAUACAAAGGUUGGAUGGAGCGCGACAAUCAAGAAUCUCAAAGGCGAGAAGUGGCGGUGAAAAAAUUAACGAGACAAGCGUCUGAGCGAAAUGGGACCUUGUAUGAAGAUUUCAAGAAUGAAUUGGAAAUUAUGAAGUCUUUACAGCACAUAAAUAUAGUAGAGAUAUUGGGAUACUCAUGGGACCACGGCUCGGAUGUGCUCAUUGUGAUGGAGUACUUAGAGGAGGGCUCGCUCAACUACUACCUCAAGUUCCAAGGCGACAAGUUGCGUAUAUCACAUCUCCUCAAAUACGCCAAGGACAUUGCUACGGGUAUGGAUCACGUGUCUGCCAAGAACGUUGUUCACCGUGACUUAGCGACGCGGAACAUUUUAGUCGUGAAUAAAUACCACGUAAAAAUAUCAGACUUUGGCCUCGCAAGGAUCAUUCCUAAAGAAGAGAAUGCAUAUAGACUCAAGACUGAAAGACUACUGCCUAUUAAUUGGUACGCACCCGAAUCUGCAGUGGAGCCGUGGCACUUCUCCACGAAGAGUGACGUGUGGUCGUAUGGUGUGACCGCGUGGGAGAUAUUCACUCGCGCCAGGGAGGAGGUGCCCAAGUUCAACGUGAAGCGACCCAGAGAACGAGCCUCGUGCUUUCAAAUUCCCGAAGGCUGCCCGUCAGAAAUAUUCAGGUACCUAAUGAAAGACUGCUGGAAUCUCGACCCGAACCUGCGACCCAAGUUCAUUGACCUCGUGCAUAUGUGUAAGCGAUUUAUGGACGAAUAUAAGUAG